AUGGAGAAUCUCAAGAAACUCAACCUUCUCUCAAUCUCUAUAACCAUAAUCAACCUCUCUCUCACCAUCGCCACAGAAUUACCUUUCAUAGAUCUAAAAUAUGCAGACGACAACAGUCCUUUAGGGAUGUUACUACGUCCGACACCGACCAAGAACCUGUCCUCGGGCACACCGAGUCGGGUCGGGUCAGAUGAGUGCCUUGUUUGGACCCAAGCCUGUUCCAGUGAGAUUCUUAGGCUGUCUUACGUGCCUGAGAACGUUGCGUGGCUCAAGCGCGUGAGGAGGGCGAUCCAUGAGAAUCCGGAGCUUGCGUUUGAAGAGUAUGAGACGAGUAGGCUUGUCCGGACCGAGCUGGAUCGUAUGGGGAUCCGGUAUAGGUAUCCGUUGGCGAAAACGGGUAUCCGGGCUUGGAUCGGAUCCGGUGGCCCACCUUAUGUUGCUGUGCGGGCUGAUAUGGACGCACUCCCUAUUCAGGAAGCAGUGGAAUGGAAACACAAAAGCAAAGUUGCUGGUAAAAUGCAUGCUUGUGGUCAUGAUGCACAUGUGACUAUGCUUCUUGGUGCUGCCCAUAUUCUGAAGUCUCGUGAACAUCUUCUCAAGGGAACUGUGGUUCUGUUAUUCCAACCGGCAGAAGAAGCCGGAAACGGCGCCAAGAAAAUGAUUGAAGACGGUGCAUUGGAAGACGUGGAGGCUAUCUUCGCCGUCCAUGUGUCCCACGUCCAUCCAACGGGUGUGAUUGGAUCUAGGAGUGGUCCUCUGCUCGCCGGAUGUGGAAUUUUCCGAGCAGUGAUCACCGCGGAGGAGAGCGGCAGCUCUGCUGAUCUUAUUCUUGCGGCUUCUUCCGCCGUCAUUAGCCUUCAAGGGAUUGUAUCACGUGAAGCAAGUCCUCUUGACGCUCAGGUUGUGUCGGUGACUUCAUUUGAUGGCGGUCACAGUCUCGAUGUGUUACCGGACACGGUGGUCCUCGGUGGCACUUACAGAGCAUUCUCUAACUCAAGCUUUUACUACCUUAAGAAGCGUAUUCGAGAGGUACUCGUAGAUCAGGUCGGGGUUUUCGGUUGCACAGCGACAGUAAACUUCUUUGAAGACGAAAAUGCGAUCUACCCUCCAACCACAAACAACGACGCAAUAUACAAUCACUUGAAGAAAGUCACGGUCGAUUUGCUCGGAGAUAGCCACUUCACGCUAGCUCCACAAAUGAUGGGAGCCGAAGAUUUUGCAUUCUACUCUGAGAUCAUCCCGGCCGCAUUCUACUUUAUUGGCAUUAGAAAUGAAGAACUCGGAUCAGUCCACAUUGGUCAUUCACCGCAUUUCAUGAUCGAUGAAGAUAUGUUACCGGUUGGAGCAGCCGUUCAUGCCGCCGUAGCUGAGAGAUACUUAAAUGAUAAACGUUUAUAG